AUGGAUGAAGAUUUUCAAGAAGAGUUGGUGGAACCAUCAAUGGAGGAAACAAUAAUUUCACAACACGAUACGGCUAAUGGUGCGCCCAAACGGAAAGUCAGAGGUGUUACGAAAGGCUUAUCACUCCAAAAGAAAUGUCAGCGUACUCCAAAAUUAGACGUGAUUAUACAUCCGACAAGAAAUCGGAUUGUUGGCGAGAAUGCUAAAGACUUCAAGACAGAAGCGUGUGUGAUGGUAAAACAAUUUGCACAAGUUCAACACCCUCGUUGGAAAGACAUCCCAAUGGAAAACAAGAGGAAGAUGUGGAUUGGAAUGAAGCAAAAGUUUAAUCUGGAAGAAGACGUCCACGUCAAAAAAGUAGUAUUUCACCAAUUCAAUCGCCAAUAUAGGAGUUACAGGCAUAAGUUGCACGUGCACUAUCUUGAAAACAAGGGCGAAAGAACUAUCUUGGAUAAGUCUCCACAUGGAGUAAAUCGUGAAGAUUGGAAACUACUAAUUGAUUAUUUUGAGAGCGAUGCAUUCAAGAAAAUUAGUGGGAGAAAUAAAGAGAAUAGACAAAAACUUACAAUGAAUCACUCAUGUGGAACAAAAUCCAUUGCCCAAGCUUGCUAUGAAGAGCGUGAUCCUGAAACUGGCGAGGAGCCUACUCGUACAGCCGCAUGGAGAAAAAGUCGAUACAACAAUGAGAAAAAACAAUGGGUUGAUGAUGCUUCUAAAGAAGUUUAUGAAAAGCUUAUUAUGUGUCAAAGUCUACCAGAAGACGGUGGAGAACCUAUGACCGAGGAUGAAGCAUUCAUAAAAGUUCUUGGAGAAGAAAAAUCUAGCAGAUUACGUGGAUGUGGAGAUGAGAUCAAGCCAACUUCUAAAAGAGGAGAAAUGAUAAAUCUUGAUCUUCAAAAGGAGAAUGAAGAAUUAAGAAAACAAAAUCAAGAAUUGACAGCUCGAUUUGAGUCCUUAGAAGCUCAAGUUAGUAACAAUGAAGUCAACCUACAGACUCAAGUCGAAGCUGUUCUGAGAAUGCAGCUCCCAGGUCUCAUGCAAAGCUUGAGUCAAAAUAGUGAAACUCCAAAUUCCAAUUAA